AUGAGCGUUACUUGUAUAGUGAAGUACAAGGAGUCCUGCAAAAAGCUGGUUGUAGGCGGCGAGAAGGCUGCGUGUGAUGUGAGAACGACCCUUCUCACAAGCCCCUUUAAAGAUGUCGUGGACAACAUGUUGAUACAGGUGAAGAACAAAGCACUCAAUGAGUUCUUUGAUAUUGACGACACAACUGUUGUCACGAACGGUGACAUUAUAAGACUGGUCGAAAACCCAUUCCUGGACCUAUUCGCCAGAAGUGCACCCUUGGAGCUCGAUCCUGAUUUCGCAUUGAGCCCGGAGAGUCCUGCUGUUCCCAGCCCUGUAUCCGUACAAUCAGCACCUGGACCACUAUGGUACAAGUUUCCUGACUUCCCGAUCAACAUUGCUCAGGAAAUUGAAAAGACGGAAGUGGGCAAGGUGAUGCCGGAUUUGAGGAGGAACAUCAUCAGACAGAUUGUCUCAUCUUUAUGUAUAGAGACUAUGUACCCUGGUGAACACUACCUUACAGCUGCCCAAGAACUCGUCAGGAGGUACCCGCAACUGAUGGAUAAAUCACGAACUCGCUGUGCCUCCUGGCACGCAGGUAUCAAGAACCGAGCCCGAAAUGUUCGCAAAAGGAUGCCAGCUGGACUCAUGGAGGUGGAUUCUGCAAGGGCAAAAGCCAAGGCUCGACAACAAAGCCGAAGGGUCGAACUUCCUGGCGACCACCACUCUGUGCCGAAGAAGGCAGUCAGAAACAUGGUUCAGGCUACAGACUGUGGCCCUGGAGAAGAUGAGGAAACGAUCAACGGGCAGAUUGAGUUUAUGAAGAAAGAGAUGAAGAAGACGGUGUGGGACAAAAGGAAAGUGCAAGACGCUAUGAACCGAACCUACAAAGCCAGGCGGGCAUGGUUAAACGGAGCAAAUUUGACAGUGACUGCUGUGACAGAUCGCUACCCAGCCCUUACGCGGGCACAAGAAAUUCGACAGGAGUUCAGACGGCUGACAGGUCGAGAUGCCGAGGAGGGUCUUGAUGCGUUCCUUGAAAGGAAAACUGAAGAACUCUACAAGCUCUUCCUUAUGAAGGCUGCCUCCAAACGACAGGCAAAGGAAAUUCUGGAGUACUCCAAGGGAUGCUCUCAAGAAGAGAGUGCAAGAGCCAGGCACCCAGCACAUGAACCCAUGUAUUGUAUACGUUGGGGAAGAUGUCUUGACCUCUCCCAUGUAUGCAGUGAAAGUCGAAGAACUGAGCAUUGACGUUCCAAGCCUCAAGCAAGCUUUCUCAUUGCUAAUAAGCCUAUUCUGGGCCUUCGGCAUUCACUAUACUCCGGAGGCCAAGAAUAUGCUCACCAUCCUGGAGCAUGCCAUUGGUGUUUCUCAUACAAAAAUGGGCACGGUUGCACUUCGGGUUUGGAGCUCAUUGUGAGCUUCAGACCUGCAGAUAGACGAGGCAAUUUUUCCUGUUGUUCCAAAGAUGCUGACAACUUUUCAGAUGCUGCAACACAAAAAACAAACUA